UAUUAAAAUAAAUUUUUAAAAUUAGGUAAUUUAUUAGCCAUUUUUAGUUAAAAUAACAAAUAUGGGGAAUAAUAAACAAUUUUUAAUUGUAGUGACUUUGAUUGCGUUGAUUUUAAUAGAUAAUACUCGAGUGAUUGAGUCUAAGCCAAAACCAUUACUAUUAUUGGCUGCCGGUGCCGGUAUCGGUGUCGGUGUUGGUGUCGGUGUAGGUGUAGCGGCUGCCGGUGUAGCGGCCGCUGGUGUAGCGGCCGGUACCGGUGCAGCCGCUACCGGUGCCGGUGUGGCUGCGUUUAAGCACUACAAAAAUAUUAUUAAAUAUAAAGAAGAUAUGAAAAUCUUGAUACGUGUUUAUGGAGACCAAUUCAAUGGUACGCUUAGCAAUGGGAUAGUCAUCAUAAAAAAUCCCGCUUUCUUUAAGUUAUCAAAGAAAAAACUUAAAGUUUCAUCCGAUAAAACAAAGUCUAAUACUAUCACUACUACUACUACUACUACUACUACUACUACUACCACUACUACUACCAGCAAAUCUUCAACUGGAAAGGAUUAAUUUAUUUAUAUUAAAAAUCCAAUUUUCAUAAAUAUAUGAUUUAAUUGUAAUUUAUUAAAUAUUAAUAA